GGAGUUAAACCUCACUGGUGCAAGGUUUGCAAUAAGUCUUUUACCAAUUUAAAGCGACAUGAACAAUCUCACGCUGGAGUGAGACCUUAUAAAUGCAACUUUUGUGAGAAGUCCUUUAUUGAUUUAAACACGCGCACACGGCAUGAACGUCUACACACUGGAGUUAGACCCUAUAAGUGCAACUACUGUGAUAAGUCCUUUACCACUGAUUGGCAUCGAAAGUAUCAUGAACAUAUCCACACUGGAGCAAAACCAUAUAAGUGCAACUUCUGUGACAAACACUUUCGGCAUUCAUCGACUUUGCGAACCCAUGAACGUCAGCACACAGGAGUGAAACCUUACCAGUGCAAGUAUUGUGAUAAGAGCUUUUCUCAGAGAGUAUCUUGCAAGAAACAUGAAUUUAUACACACAGGAGAAAAACCUUUUAAGUGCAAGUACUGUGAUAAGGGCUUCACGCACCCUUCUGAUUGUGAGCGGCAUGAACGCAUUCACACAGGCGUGAAACCUUACAAGUGCAAGUACUGUGAUAAGCACUAUAGACAGUUGUCAAAUCGUAAGAUUCAUGAACUCACUCACACUGGUCUCACUAAUACAGCUUUGAAAACUUUCCACUGCAAGUAUUGUGACAAGGGCUUUGUCUACCAAUCAACUUGUCAUCAACAUGAAUCUACGCACACCGGAACACAACCUCAUAAGUGCAGCUACUGUGAGAAGCGCUUUACCGUGGCUAGGUCUUGCGAGGAGCAUGAACGCACUCACACAGGGGUGAAACCUUACAAAUGCAAGCAUUGUGAUAAGUGUUUUACACGCUCAACACUUUGCAAACAGCAUGAAAUAACUCACUCUGGACUGAAACCCUUUAAAUGCAAGUAUUGUGAUAAGUGUUUUAACCGUAGAUCAAAUUGUAGGCAACAUGAACUAAGACAUGAAAGGAAGGGAGAUUUAACGGUGCAGUCAUUGACAGUUUUGGUAAGUGCUCCUGCUGCUGAGGAUUAAGGACCAAAAGAUGUAAACAGUUUGAUUACAACAUUAUACAGCAAGACCAUGCCUAAAAUACCCAAAAUUAAAUGACAAUGAUUCCAUUUGGAUGCAACUUACCCAUGUAGUUGCAAUGUAUUUUGGGGCUGUGUUUUACUUAAUAUGCUCCUCAUUUAAAACAGCUGGUGUUUAUAGAUUUUUUUAUAGAUUUUAUGUCGCAUAAGUGGCACGGUCGGUGAAGCCACAGCUUAGCUUUUCCUUAGCUGCAACAUACAUCGCUGCAGUACCAAGAAGGAAAUAACCAAUGAUAAUAAUAAUAUUAUUAUUGUUGUAGUAUGAAUAUUACCAGUUCUAUCUUGUAAUAAAGGUGAUUUCUUUUAAUAGUGGUUUUGUGUGCCCAGUUGAUUGGCCAACUGUGGCUGGCCAAAGAAUAACCCCCCUGAAGCAAACUCUCCAUUUGAGGGAGUCAUGAGAAGUCACAAAACAGCAGCACGCGGAAGGAGACACUAGUGCAAGUGGCGGGGAAAGAAAGGGAGAGCUUGCAAUGAUCUCUCAUAAAUUUUCAUUUCCACCCCAGAGACCGCAGAAACACUCAAAGCGUGAACACUGUCACUGGAAAGAAGAAAUGUGUCGGUUGUUUGUUAGUAACCCACAUCCAGGCCAAACUGAACCCACCACUUAAGCUAGCGUUCUAGGAGCAAAAUAUUACAAUUUCGCACAAAGGCAAGAUUGGACUGGACCUUGUAGAUCGUAGCCUAUAAGCAGAGUUGGAUGAUGUACAAUAUUCCUUGAAUUCAGCGGAGACCUGUUACUUCAAUUGCAAAGCUGAUGCAUUCUGUUUACACAGUCCUCAGAAAUCAUUCACCAAUUGCCACAGAAGGAGUGAAUGAUCUUGUUCAUCGCCGGAGAAAGGAGUAAUCAUAAUAUUCCCAAUUUCAUAAGCAUCGUUGUUUCUGAACAGUAAGCAUAUCCGGCGGGUCAGCCAAGAAUGUCAUCAAUCAAAAUUAAUAUUUUGAUGUUGCAUCUUUUUUCAGCCAAUGCUAUUUGCAUUGCCUAGGUGAAGCAGAGAUGAAUAUUUAUAACAGAUCAUUGCAAGCUCCAGGGGCGGAUCUAGGGGGAGGGUGCAGGGGGUGCGCACCCCCCCCGAGAUGACCUGUGGUUUUCUAAUACAACUGGUAUUCUGCAAACAAAAAAAAAACUAUGUGGUUUAUUGGUGUUGAAGUAGAGCAAGAGACGAGUGCACCCCCUCCUGAAAAAAAUCCUGGAUCCGCCCCUGAGCUCUCCUUUCGUCACACGUUGUCAGGGGGAACUGGGGCAACAGGGGGAACAGGGGCCACAAGGAGAACAGCCUGGGAUAACAGGUGGAAAAGGGGGAACAAGGGAAACAGGGGCAACAGGGAGAAGAGGGGAAACAAGGGCAACACGGGAAACAGAGGCAACAGGUAUUUGGAAUAGAUUUUGGUAAUAUACUUGAAUAGUGAAUAAAAUAAAUUAUUGUAAGACUGACACUAGUAUACAUGUACAUAUAAUGUCUUUUCACAAUGAAUGUAACAAUAUUAUUUUACUGGAAAAAAUGUUACGUGUACGUGUCCCCUGUGGCCCCUGUGGCUCCUGUUUCCCCUGUGCCCCCUUUGUCCUAUGUGUCCUUUGUAGACCCUGUGGCCCAUGUGUCCCCUGUGUGUCCUGAGUGGCCCCUUUGUCCUCUAUUGCCCCUGUGUUGCUUGUGUCCCAUGUGUCCCCCAUGUCCACUGUGGCCUUUGUGGCCCCUGUGCCCCCUUUGUCCCAUGUGUCCUUUGUAGACCCUGUGGCCCGUGUGUCUCCUUUGUCCUGUUUGGUCCUGUGUUGCCUGUGUCCCAUGGGUCCCCUUGUCCACUGUGGCCUUUGUGGCCCCUGUGUCCCCAUUUGUCCCCUGUGGCUCCUGUGGCCCAUGUGUACCCUGUGUCCACUGUUACCUUUGUAACCCCUGUGGCUUUUGUGGCCACAGGGGCAACAGAACCUGUGGAAAAGUGACCUGUACUUUAGAUUCGCCUUUGGACCCCCCUACCCCUCAGUAAAUAUGUUGAAGCCCACUUACCACCUCACUGAAAUUUGUUGAGCUUUAUCCUAUAAAUUUGCAGCCUUCUUUGCAUUUUCGCCUUUUAUGUCUUCUUUUGCCAGAUUUGUCAUUCAUACUGUUUUUGUGAUUUUUCUAGUCAGUUUUUGCCAAAAUUUCUGUUGAAGAAUUUUUUUGCUGAAAAGAACUGCGAUGUAAGUCCGUAACAAGGCUGCGGAAACUGGGCACGAGAUGUCUUGCGACGCAUGGUGUCACACAAAGUGAACAUUUACUUGAAGGACUUUCUUAGGUUACAACUGGUCUUUCAAGACUCUCCUCCUCUCCGGUUUGAAGCGGUCAGCGCUGUUUUCGUUUUGGUUAUUGUCCCGUUCAAGGUGAGAAAAACUCUGAUGUUAAUGUUCUAGCAAUUAAAACAUUGAACCUAAUAAUGCUUUCGACCAAGACCUUUGAAAGACUGGUCGCAUUUAUACACGUAGUAGCAUUUUUAAUACCUGUACGUAGGCUGUGUUUUAAUAUCGACUCUCAACGGAGUCGGUAGCACACAGUAUCAGGUUUUUCAGUACUAGAAUUUUUUUUAAGUUUUACUCUCUUGUUAUUGGAAAUCCGUUCACGACAACCUAGGCUAUACAGAAUUAUUGUACUGCAUGAAAACAGUAACUUAUGCAGAACAGACAGUGAACAGCUUUGGGUUCUCGAAGCUUUGCCUCUUAUUUGCCCUCUUCCCAAUGAAGCUAUGAGAUGAACUUCUCAGAGUUCCUGUUUUCGUCGGACAAGUCUUCUUUAUCCUAAUCCGAAAGUUAGACGUCUAAAAAAGCGUGUGUUGCAUCAUAAAACAGAAAGAAAUCAAUCUUUAAAGAGACUCUUCGAAGACGGACAAACAUGCUUUACUGGGGGGCGGGCGGGGGGACAUGGGGGUGGGAGCCUGGCAACUUCUUACAUUUGAAUUUUUUACUGUAGGUGACAUCAAUCCUGGUGUGCCCAAUGGCUCAAAAUCCAUCAAUGGAAACCAAUCUAAUUAUAAAUUAAUCAUUAUUUGUUAAUAUUGAUUGGUUUCAGCAAUGACUGCAAAUCGAUAUUCAUCGAUUAGGCAACCGGUCAUCAAUGGAAUGAUAUUCUUUGCAUAUUCUUCAGUGCAUUUCAUCCUUUUCAAUUUCAAUCAGUAAUUUAUCUAUUUUGUCUUUGGAUAGCUGCGAACUCUUCCAGCAUUUUGCUGUGUUCACUCAUGCCAAAGCAGCUAUUCUGCCGCUUGGCUGUCUGCCAGCGAGGUUCAGAUUGUAUAUUGAUACCAUUGUAUCGUUGGUAUAUUGCUGGCACCUUCCGAAUAUGUUCAACGCCAGUUGGUUCUGAAGAAUUAGCCAGGGGAUAAAAGCUAAUCAGAAAAGAAAAUAUUUUGAAUGAAUGAUAAUGUGAAUUUUAAAUUAAUUAAUAAUAUUCUAAAUUUGAUGAGUCCUCCGGUACUUUUGCUUCAUUAGUUCUAUGAAAGUGGAAAUGAUCCUUGCAGCUGAACAAACAACCUCAGCUGAAUCUGUAAGUUGUUCUGUUGCUCACACCAUAUCAAAUGUUUUAUUUUUAGCAAUAAAAAUAAAAGGCAAGAAAAGAGUAUACAGCCUUUAGUUCUGUUAUUGGGCAUAUGAGGAAUGGAUCCCCAAACAGUACAAAGAAACGGCCAGUCAAAAGAGACAGAGACUAUAAAAGAGAAUAGAAAACACAAGAAAGAAAAAAAGGGUAAAGUUACUGGCAGUAGCGUUAAAUCUCAUCAGUGCAAGUUUUGUGAUAAGUCCUUUUCCCUUUCAUCAUCAUGUAAGCGGCAUGAACAAACUCACACAGGAGUAAAACCACAUCAAUGCAAAUUUUGUGGAAAGUCCUUUAGUCAUUUAUCAACACGCAAGCGGCAUGAACGUCUACAUACUGGAGUCAGACCUUAUAAGUGCAACUACUGUGAUAAGUGCUUUAACACUUCUUGGCAUCGAGCGGAUCACGAACGUAUCCACACUGGAGCGAAACCAUACAAGUGCAAAUAUUGUGAGAAAGACUUUCGGCAUUCAUCAACAUUACUAAACCAUGAACGUCAGCACACAGGAGUGAAACCUUAUCAGUGCAAGUAUUGUGAUAAGAGCUUUACUUACAUAAUGUCUCACAAGAAACAUGAAUUUAAACACACAGGAGAAAAACCGUACAAGUGCAAGUACUGUGAUAAAGGCUUUAGCAACUCCUCUGAUUGCGAGCGGCAUAAACGUAUUCACACAGGGAUAAAACCCCACCAGUGCCAGUACUGUGGCAAGGGUUUUAGACAGCCUUGCGAGCGUGAGCAGCAUGAACGCAUUCACACAGGUAUAAAACCUUUUAAAUGCAAGUACUGUGAUCUGUGCUUUAGACAGCGGCCAAAUUGUAAGACUCAUGAACUCACCCACACAAAGGAAGGGGGUGAACCUGGUUACACAGCGGCACAACCUUAUAAGUGCAGGUACUGUGAGAAGCGCUAUACUUUAGCUGCGACUCGCAUGGAACAUGAACGAAAUCACACAGGGGUGAAACCUUACAAGUGCAAGCAUUGUGAUAGGUGUUUUACGAGGUCAUCGCUCCGCAGACAACAUGAAAUAACUCACUCUGGACUGAAACCCUUUAAAUGCAAGUAUUGUGAUAAGUGUUUUAACCGUAGAUCAAAUUGUAGGCAACAUGAA